AUGUCGAUUUUGACUUUGCAAGUAGGACAAUGCGGAAACCAAACAGGAUCAGCCUUCUUUAAUGAGCUAUAUGAAGAAGCGUUGAGAUCUCCACCAGCUCUUUCAAGCGCGAUUUUAAAUACUUACUUCAAUUUUAAUGGGCAAAAGCACUCUGCAAAAGCUGUGCUAGUUGACAUGGAGCCAAAAGUCGUGAAUGCAUGCCUUAGCCAAAACAAGGAAUGAACUUAUGAUCCUUCAGCUGUAUUUUGCAAGCAAGAAGGCUCAGGAAAUAACUGAGCAUUCGGUUAUAAUGUUCAUGGAGCAAAGUGCAAAGAUAAAAUUUUGAAUAAAAUAAGAAAGCAGCUUGAAAUGUGUGAUGUUCUUCAAGGUAUGCUUCUCUAUAUGAGUCUUGCUGGAGGAACAGGCUCUGGAGUUGGCACAUGCAUCGCAGAAAUGGUUCAAGAAGAAUUUGAUGCAAAUUUACUAAGUAUUGCAGUUUGGCCUUAUUCAUUUGGAGAAGUGAUUUUGCAAAACUACAAUACAGCUCUCACUCUGUCUCAUUUAGUCGAAGCUGCAGAUGGAAUUUUAUUAUUAGAAAAUAAUUGGCUUUAUCAGACAGCAAUAAGCUGUCUAAAUGUUCCAAAACCUGAUUUCACUCACAUUAACAAGCUUUCAGCAUCAGUCCUUACAUCUGCGUUCACCCCAAUCAUAAGGCCUAGGCAAGUCGCUUCAUAUUCCCAGUUUGGCGAAAAUCCAUUACGAGCUGUGUAUCGGAACCUUUGCAGCAAUACAGGCUUUCCCUUCUUAGACAUAAUCACUACCCCUCUUCAAUCAGACCAAAGCAUUGAAUUUUCCAAUGAUACUUGGUCAACUCUAGCUAAACGCUGCUCUCAAAUGCUUCUAACCAAUACAUCUGAGCCAAGUAUCAACUGAAACAUGAACAUUACAUCCCCCAAAAGAAACAAAGUGCUUUCCUCAAUCUCCAUAUUAAUUCCCCAUUUAAUAUCAAACAGUUUUUUUUUCGUUAUUUUUUGGGGUGUACAUUUAUAUGGAAUUAUUUUAAAGUUUAUUUUCCAAAUAUUUUUAAAAAUAUUUUGGGACUUUAAAAGAAUUUAAAAUGAAACAAAUGAGAAAAAAACAGAAUAGCAUUUUAUUAAAAAGUGGCUAUUGUAGUUAAAUAAUACUUAUUUUUUUUAGAAAUUAAAAUAUUUGUUCUUUAUUAAAAUGUGCCUAAUUCCCCUCUCCGUGAACAAAAAAUUUUGUUCGCUUCACGGAGGGGGGUUAAUUUGUUUUUUAAAAAAAUUUAUAUAUAAAUUUUUUAUAGGAAUUUUUUUUUUUCGAAAUUUAAAAAAAUCCUAAUUCGCAAAAAUUGGAAAUCAAAUAUUAAUUUAAUUUAUAAAAUUUAUGUUUUAAAACGCAAAUUUUUUAAAAUUAAACAGAAUUAGCUCGAGAUUUCAUUAUACUAAUUUGUCACUUAUAUAUCAAAUUUUUUUUCAUAAAACAAUUUUUGUUCACUCACAGAGGGUGGGUUUUUGGGCAAAAUAUAGGGAUUUUUCUAAUGGUUUGUUCACUCACGGAGGGGGGAGUAAGGAAAAAUUUUAAGAAAAAAAUGAUGCUUUGCUCGUUAUUAAAUGGGGAUAUUAAGAGGCCGAGAAAGCAGCACAGCUGAUCUUUCCUCUAUUCCUGCAAUGUCAGAAAGCUGGACCAACUUCCCUUAUGCAGAUUAUCGAACUGAUAUUCGAUGUGGAAGCUAUGAAAAGCGAAUGACGGUGAUUAACAACAGUCAAGCUAUUUUGGAAGAGCUUGAUGCUCUAAUUGACAAGACUUUCCGAAUGUCUCAAUCAGGCGCUUAUUUGCACCACUACAAUAAAUUUGGUAUCGAAACUUCUCAUUUCUUUGAGUACACAUUUCCGUGUUUGGAGCAAGUCAUAGCGAAUUAUGCAAGUCUUUAA